CUACAUAUAUUUCUUGGUCCAGUACUUAAGUAACUAUUACCUUUUGGUGAACAAAUACCUUGUAUUUAGCCUAUUUAUAGGGACAUAAAUAAGGGAACUCAGGUUGUAGUCAGCUCAAGAUAGAGUACUUUUUAUUUUCCUCCUAGAAUGGUUCCACGAUUUUAGUAAGUCUACAAAACAGUUGUUUUAGAUUUCCACACACACACCUUACACAUGACCAUGUAUGUAUGUAUAUAUAUAUAUACAUAUAUAACAUGUGAUGUAAGUCCUACACAUUGCGUAACCUGCACUGGGUUUUUUUUUUACAAGCAGCAAUCCAAGGUUUGCUGAACCAGCUUUUCCAUUCACAUUCAGUUAGGUUUAGGAGAUGACAAGGCAGAAGGAUGAAGAUCCUGACAGCUCAAGCUUUUUCACAUUUUGGUUGAAUCUGGAGCUGGUGUGGGAAAUUGUGCAAUUUCACACAUACCGCACCUCCACAUCCACCUUCAUAUAAGGAGACAGCGUUGGAGGUUUGCCUUCAUUUGUCCAUGAUUGUAAAUUAGUUCAUGAUGACCAGCGACACCUUACCUUUAAUAAAGGUGUCUGUUCCUUCUUACAAAGCCACACUAAGCAGAACAGAUCACAAUCCCAGCUUGCAGACGACUAUCCACAGGAUGAUCCCUCACUUGGCACUUUGCAAUUGCAUUUUUCUGCUUCUAGUGGGGGUGGUGUGGUUCACUGCAAGUGGCUCUAAAGUGCCAGUGGUUUCUAAAGACCCCAUAAGCCACUGCCUGGAAGACACGGACUACAGCGAGCUCCUCGGCAUCAUGGAUAAAGGACUUCCUCCCACCAAAACACCUGGACAUGUUGCAAUUGUUGGUGGGGGCAUUGCUGGACUCACUGCUGCUAAGGUUUUAGAGGACGUCGGCCAUAAGGUGACUAUAAUAGAAGCAAGUGGACGUCUUGGAGGGCGCAUUGAGACCUUCAGGAACACAGCAGAAGGCUGGUAUGCAGAACUGGGAGCCAUGAGGAUUUCAAGCUUAAAUAAAAUCCUGCUUUCCCUAACCUCCAAAUUAAACAUCCCCCUGAACCAGUUCAUCCAGGAGAACAACAACACCUACUACCUGGUGAAUGGAUUGCUCCACAAAACCUACACAGUGGAGAGUGACCCUGGCGUUCUCAACUACAGCUUGAACGAAGGAGAGAGAGGAAAGACGGCAUUCCAACUCUUCGAUGACACACUGUUUAACCUGAAGAACGACCUCAACACACAUGGCUGCAGUGUCUUGUUAGAUAAAUAUGACAUCUACGCAAUGAAGGAAUUCCUGAUCAAAGAGGGUAACCUGAGUCUUGGAGCCCAGAAGAUGAUCGGGGAUAUCCUGAAUACAAGUGGCAUGUACUACAUUUCACUGUUGGAAAUGCUGUAUGUAGUGUCAAACAUCAACGAUAACAAUGACUACUUUGAGGUUGACGGCGGUUUCGACCAGCUUGUCACAGCGCUCAGCAACCUCUUAAACUCCGACAUCCUUCUGAACUCCAAGGUAACGCUGAUCCACCAAACAGGCAGCAAUGUCACAGUGACAUAUCGAGACGGGCAGGAUUCACGCCUGCUAACAAGCCUCACUGUCGACUACGUCCUGGUAACAGCCACAGCCAAGGCCACGCUUUUCAUUAACUUCCAACCUCCUCUCUCCGGGACCAAGAUGGAGGCCCUGCAUUCAACCCACUACACCAGUGCCACCAAGGUGAUUCUCAGCUUCAGUGUGCGUUUCUGGGAGAAAGAAGGCAUCAGAGGGGGAAAGAGCAUCACAGACCGCAUGUCUCGCUUCAUUUACUAUCCCAGUCACAGCUUCCCAGGCACAGGAGCAGGUGCUCUGCUGGCAUCUUACACCAUCGCUGAUGACUCCUCGCUCUUCCACGGGAUCAAGGAUGAGGAACUGAUGAGUAUGGUCCUGGAAGACUUGGUCAUGAUCCAUGGAGAGGCUAUCAGGAGCCUAUGGACAGGAGGGGUGGUAAAAAGGUGGGGUCUGGAUCCUUACAGCCUGGGAGCCUUUGCCCUCUUGACUCCCUUGCAGCACAGCCACUACUCCAGAGAAUUGUUCAGAAGUGAGGGACGUGUGCACUUUGCGGGAGAUCACACAGCCCAACCGCAUGGAUGGAUUGAAACCUCCAUGAAGAGUGCACUACGGGCAGCUAAAAACAUUAACAGCCCCACCCUCUAGUUAUGCUUCUUCAAAUAUAGACAGACAAACAGACAGGUUUGUUUAAGCCUAAAGCUCAAACAUCAGUU